GGAACAUCGACUUGGACUUCUUCCCACAGUACAAGUCCGGAGUUCCCUGAGUUAAUACUUAUAUCUGCUGCGCUUCUGCUUCAUCCUAAACCCACGAGGAUGGCUUCCAUCUCUACUUGGUAUCACAAUCAGUAUUCAACUUGGAAUCGCACUCGUCGUCUGCACGCUACUCCUUUCCUAGCUCGCACCGAUACUCACACAUCUCGUACUGCUACUUCCAUGGCUCGCACAAAUACACAGGAUGCUGUCAUCAUCAACAUGGAUGAUACCUCAUCCAAGAAGGAGAAGAAACAGGAGACCCUCUUCGGACCUAACAUUGGCGCUGUCGGCUCUACGCCCCAGUGGGCUCAAUCCAUAGGACAAAAGGCUCCCGCAGAUAAUGUCUCCUCAAACAUCAUCCAGAACUGGAUUACAAGGAGCAAAGAGCCUUCACAACCAACGACUACCCUCCAGGCGUUGGUUAAUCUCAAGCGGCCGACACUCCGCUUAUGCCCUUUGUCUAUUUCAUCGGGAGAUGAUUCAGACCAAGUUGAUUCUCACCAUAAUCAUGGUUUAGAAUUCGAAUACGAUUGCGACACAGCCAAGUGUCGUAUAAACGUCAGUGUGGUGCUACCCGCAGAUCACCCCUACGCAGAGACCGUAGAUAGCACAGGCUAUUCGUGCAUCUCCGUUUUCGAAUCCAUCGUUGACGGUGGUUUUAGUAAAGUACUGCAUCUAGAUGAGGGUGCAUCCCUCGAAUUAGGAAGGUUUGAGCACAAGCAUACCGAGGCGGAGACUGCUUCGUCCCAGAUGGUCGGAGUCCCUGAGUUAUCUCGAGCAGCGGAUAGCGUUGACUCCCCCGCUCCUGCUACCAGUAGGAAUGAUCGUCCCCGGAAACGCUUUACGGGAUUCAAUUUCCGGAAGCGUUCCGCUAACACGUCUGUAUCAGGACCUGCUCUUGCCGUCGUUGAUGCAGAAACAUCUGCACCCACAGUUGAAGGAAGUGAAGAGAAAGGGGACAAAGAGGAGGUGAAGGAUGGUGUUCGAGUCACUAUCCGGUUGUCAGCGCUGGAUGAGGACGGUACCGACCUGUCUGCAGUCAACGAACAGAUAACAUACCUUCAUGUCGUUCGUCUUGGCGCUGCGCCCGAUGAUGAAAAAGAAGACUCCAGGCCUUGGGUCGUCAAGGUUGUGAAACGUGAAGCCACAAUCGGACCUCAUACGUUCCACUUGCACGAGAUUUAUGGUCUUUCAUCUCAGUCUACCUCAUCCUCCCACCCACAGGCAACUCCUCCCGCACCGGACGCACAUACUUACCCACCCGCGUCUGCAUCUGCAGCGCCUAUGCACGAGGAUGAGCCUUCAUCUGAGUGUUUGCUAUGCCUUUCUUCCCCGCGCGAGGUCAUUCUACUCCCUUGCCGCCACCUCGUCGCAUGCAAGGAAUGUGCCAUAAAUAUGGUCGAAUUCGGUGCAGGCGGCAACAUCAUCCACUCUGAAGAAACCACAGCCGCAACCACGGGCGGUGAGAGUUCAGCCACAGAAACCUCAGCUCCAGUAUUCGCAACUCCAGUACCCGCCACGAUCGCUCAGAACAUACGGAGAAAGCGAAAGGCAAAAGGCUGGUUCUGCCCCGUCUGCCGUCGACCUUACACCUCGCUUUUACGGAUUUCUACGACACCUCCGACGAAGGAUAUAUCCGACGAUGAACAUCGUGCGUCUAUCGACGAGCACGAGCAUGAGAAUGAUGAACACGACCACGACCAUGAGCGUGAGGACGAACACGACGACCACCCUCUAGCCACCGUGCCGCCGGCACCUGGCAGUAUGUUCAAUAGCAUUCGCUCAGGCCUGAUGCGUCUGAGCGUGGCACGUUCUGACGGUGGGCAUGCCGAGGCCUCAGAAAAUGAGCAUCCCGCGGAGGUGCCCACGUCAAUUGUUUAGUACCCACGACUUGUCCGGUGUUGUAUGUGAUAUGUAGGCUGAUCUAGUACUUUAUAUGGUUUAGGUCGUGUUUGUGGCUGGUUGGCUGUCUCCGAACACUCGUUAUUUUGUUUUCGCUGAUUACUCGUAUAGUUUAUA